UGAAAUAUGAUAUCAUUGUUUAAGAUAUAGAUAAUAUAAUAACUCUGAAGCAUAAUUGAGUAUAUUUAUCAAACAAAAUAUGAAAGUGUUUGCGUACGAUUCAUGUGAGUUGUCUCAAUUGGUAGACUAGAUUAAAUUUGUACCAAACAUUUUAUACGGCGUAUUACUUAUAUAAUCGGUAACACGAACAGAGUAUAUUUUGAAGCUCAGACUUGUUUCAUAUCAAAACGCUGCGUGCCGGUCACUUGAACGCCUGGAAUUACUCACACAGCCUCACUCACGUAAUUGCGAUCCGUUGCAUCUUGUUUGUGGGGAUUCGCAACCUUAACUGUAAAACAAGUGCAGCGAGUGCACUAAGUGCGUGCAUUACGUAAAACGACUUGGUAUUUUUCUACUUCACAAUUGUAUUAUUUUUAAUUGAUUAUUUCGGGUAACUUAUUACGACCCUAUUUUUGUUUCUAAAGAACCGGUGAUUUUGCGUUCGUGGCGGUGAGUGUUGCAUUGUUUUGUUUAUUUCGUUGAUAAACAUUGGUAGGCGUGAACACAAGUGUCGUUAAAUUUGCGGUGAUUCUCACUUGUAACGACGAUGUUUGCAUUGGCAGUUGUGGCAAUAUACAGUCUGAUUUUGUUAGUAUCGAUCGCCAUCGCAAAACGAUUCGAACAAACGCCGCACGUUUUUCAAGCAAGCGAAAAAUUCUACGACUUAAAGGGGAAAACUGCGAUAAUUACUGGUGGAAAUUCAGGAAUUGGCUAUUAUGUAGCUGAGCAAUUGGCUGCACGUGGCGCACGUACUAUUCUAGCAUGUCGCGACUUACAUAAAGCAGAAGCGGCAAAGCGACGCAUUAUUGAAGCAACUAGCAACUCCAACAUAACCAUAAAACGCCUAAAUCUAGCUUCUCUGCGUACAGUUCGUGAGUUUUGUGCUGAAGUUUUAGCAUCCGAAACACACAUUGAUUUUUUAAUUAACAAUGCCGGAGCUAUUCACCUGGGUGAUCAUGAAACCGAAGACGGUUUGCAAAUUACGUGGCAAAUUAAUUAUUUUGCUCCGUUUUUGCUUACAAAUUUACUUCUCGACAAAUUAAAAUAUUGCAAUGGCAAAAUAGUCAACGUCACGGGUCAAUUUUGUGCCAAUCGAGUCUACUUGGAUGAUAUUAAUACAUAUUCGCCGAUAAUAUGGCGAGAAAAAUUAAGUCAUGUCUUAGUAGCAGAUAUGGUUGCAUAUUUCAACGCAAAAAGCGCACUUUAUGAAAGUUCCUUUGAGUUUGCGCGACGAUUGGGAACUACAGGCGGUUCGGUAUGCGUGUUUACUGUCAACCCCAGCAGUUCUAAUUUUUACCGCCGAGUCUAUCUCGGUCCAAUCGCCAUAUUGUACUUUUGGUUACAUGUAUUAUUUCCGAAACCUGAAGUCGAAGCGAGAAAAUUAGUUGAAUUAAUUCUCUCUGAUGCCUCAAUCACAAAAUAUGGUCAUGAUGACGAGUAUCUAGCGAACGAAUUAUGGCGACGGAGUUGUCAACUUGUAAAUCUUCAAACUUGAAAGUAUUUUUAAGUGAUAAAAACUCAAUUUUUUAUAUAUUAUGUUUUAUUUUUCAAAUAAAAAUGGUUGACAACGACGCUUACAUUGACCGUUACAUUAACAUGACAAAUGAAUGCAAGACAUAAGAGCAAGAGGAAAAUAAUUAUCCACAGGAGUUGCCAUCCAAAUCUGGUAAACAUAUCCGUCAGUGGUUUUUCUAAUCUCUCAGAAAAUAUUUUGUUAUAUAUUGAUUAUUCCAACUGGUUCUGAUAGGUAUAGUUGUUCUGAUUAUGAAUUUGAGAAGUGUUGCUCUUUUAUAAGUUGGACUAUGUGACGUAAGCUGUGCAUUUAAAAGUUAAAUUUAGUUAAACUUUGACUUUAAAUGUUCAGUCUACCAUUGUAAGCUAAUAAGCACUGACGUUGGGUUGAGUUUAUUUUCUGUAAUUGAUCUAACAGCAGCAACUAAAUAUUAGGCCAUUAGAUUUUUUGCAAUUCUUAAUACCAUUUUUUGUUAUGAUAAUCAAGUAUUCUCAAUGCAAUGACAGCUCUCAUUAACACGUUAGCAUCAGUCAUUUUCUAAACAAUUUACAUUCAGUUUUGUUCAUUUUGUGUAAUCUGAAUUCAUGAACGCUUCCUCGAGUGAGAGAGAUAUUGAAAAGUUAUACAAAUGGAUUGAUACAUAUAGCAUCACACGACAAAAGCGCAACAUUAACCGAGAUUUUUCAGAUGCUAUACCUCUUGUGGAGAUGCUCAAAGUCCACUUUCCUAAAGUCGUGGACAUGCAUAAUUACACACCGAGCAAUUCUUUUGCCCAAAAGGUGGAUAAUUGGCGCACCCUUCAACGGAAAGUGCUUUCCAGAAAAUUGAAGAUUUCAUUUCCACAAAGCGUGUUAGAUGCGGUCUCUAAAGCAGAAGCGGGAGUGGUUGAAGAAGUACUAUGGCAGAUUAAAAUGGCAAUCGACAAACUUGACUGGACCGUCAAGAAUCAAGAAUCGGAGGUUUAUUUAGUCGAAGGGUUUGGGAAUGAAAUAGCAGAUACAGUAAUGCCAAUCAAAAUCAAACAUGGUUCAAAAAUUCUUGAUCAACGAAUUGUGCCUGCCAGUGUGUAUGAUGAAAUGGUAGAGAGCAUUAAAACCAAAGACGACACUAUUAAGCGAUUACAAGAUAAGAUAUAUCAUCUAGAGCAAAUGGUGGAGCUGAAAGAUUCUCGAAUAGAAGACUUGCGAUCAAAAAUGAAUGAAGAGAACGGUGUUCAAAGUGCAAAACGAUUUUUGAAUAAUCUAUUUUGAUUCCAAUGAUGCUAUACAUGUUUGUAAUUGUUGUUCAUAUUGUACUAGCGACCUGCCCCGGCUUCGCACGGAAGUAAAAACAGCAUCAAAAUCC